GAUCCGGGAAUGGCGUCCAAAUACAUCAUUUGUACCAACUCGACUAGCGGAACCCACCGCGAUCACAAAGAACGCAGUGCCUUUCCGAAGGUGCCAUUAAGACAUAUGUCCAUUUAUGGCAUCAUGAAAGUCUCCAAAAUUUAGUACUGUAUCUUCCGUACCGGAUUUAGAUGUACAUCGGUUUCCAACAUUCCGUGACGAAAUGCCCUUUCUGAUUUGUUUUCUCCUUGUCCUUGGAGCCCGUCGUUUGCCCCGUUCUACCCAAUAUGGAGCAGGCCCGCCGGGUCUGUUGGUUUUUAUUCUCCCAGCUUGCGCUUCCUCGGUGGUGAAAUCGAUCAUAGACAGGAACCCUUUCUUUUCGUCCAUUCUCUUUCCCUUUCCUCUUGUUUUUAUAGCACUGUGCUACCUCCACUUCUGCUGUGCCGUCUACCAACCUCUCCAGCACCCGUUUCCUGUGGGCGCUGCUCCUGCGUCUUCAGCCCCUGCGACCCCUCUUCUUCUGCGGCUGCUUCCGGAAAGGCUACUCCCAGCGACGCCGCUGCCACUAACGCUACCUGCCUCUGACACUGCUCCGAGAAGCGCCCUUACCUCUCUGUUUACCAGUCCCGCGGAGCCGGAGCACCGUUGGCUUGGUGCCGUGACUGCUUGUAUACUGAUUCGUUUAGCUUUCUAAGUGAUACGCAAGCUAGAUGGAUGUCCUGCGAUAGGACUCAGAUUUACUUCUCCUAAUUACCCUUCUUUUCUGUCAAAGCCAGAGCAUAUUGCUUACCUCGCAUUCCCACG